GCCCUGGGCCCCGAGCCGGGGGGCAGCCCCCAGGAGGAGCUGGACUUCUCCAUCCUCUUCAACUAUGACUAUCUGAACCCCCUCGAAGAAGAACCGAAUACACAUAAGGUCGCCAGCCCACACUCCGGACUUGCAUACCAUGACGAUGUCCUGGACUAUGGCCUCAAGCCAUACAACCCCCUCGCCAGUCUCUCUGGCGAGUCCCCCGGCCGAUUCGGAGAGCCGGAUAGGGUAGGGCCCCAGAACUUUCUGAGCCCGGCCAAGCCAGCGGGGGCCUCGGGCCUGAGCCCUCGGAUCGAGAUCACUCCGUCCCACGAACUGAUGCAGGCAGGGGGGGGCCUCCGCAUGAGAGACACUGGCCUCCUGGGGGAGCAGGCGCCCCUGGCGGGGGCGACCGCCAGCCCGAGGUUCACCCUGCCUGUGCCCGGCUUCGAGGGCUACCGCGAGCAGCCGCUUUGCUUGAGCCCCGCUAGCAGCGGCUCCUCUGCCAGCUUCAUUUCCGACACCUUCUCCCCCUACACCUCGCCCUGCGUCUCGCCCAAUAAUGGCGGGCCCGACGACCUGUGUCCCCAGUUUCAAAACAUCCCUGCUCAUUAUUCCCCCAGAACCUCGCCAAUAAUGUCACCUCGAACCAGCCUCGCUGAGGACAGCUGCCUGGGCCGCCACUCGCCCGUGCCCCGUCCGGCCUCCCGCUCCUCGUCGCCUGGUGCCAAGCGGAGGCAUUCGUGCGCUGGGGCCUUGGUUGCCCCGCUGCCCGGAGCCUCACCCCAGCACUCCCGCAGCCCCUCGCCGCAGCCCCAGGACGACGGCGCCCCCGCUGGGUACCCCCCAACGGCUGGCUCUGCCGUCCUCAUGGAUGCUCUGAACAGCCUCGCCCCGGACUCGCCUUGUGGGAUCCCCCCCAAGAUGUGGAAGACCAGCCCCGACCCGUCACCGGUGUCUGCCGCCCAGCCCAAGGCCGGCCUGCCCCGCCACAUCUACCCGGCCAUGGAGUUCCUGGGGCCCUGCGAGCAGGAGGAGAGGAGGAACUCGGCCCCCGAGUCCAUCUUGCUGAUGCCCCCGACGUGGCCCAAGCCGCUGGUGCCCGCUAUUCCCAUCUGCAGUAUCCCAGUGACUGCAUCCCUUCCUCCACUCGAAUGGCCACUCUCCCACCAGUCAGGCUCCUAUGAGCUUCGGAUUGAGGUGCAGCCCAAACCACAUCACCGGGCCCACUAUGAGACAGAAGGCAGCCGAGGGGCUGUCAAAGCUCCAACUGGUGGCCACCCUGUGGUUCAGCUGCACGGCUACAUGGAGAACAAGCCGCUGGGGCUUCAGAUCUUCAUCGGGACGGCCGACGAGCGGAUCCUUAAGCCCCACGCCUUCUACCAGGUGCACCGGAUCACGGGAAAAACCGUCACCACCACCAGCUACGAGAAGAUCGUCGGCAACACCAAAGUCCUGGAGAUCCCGCUGGAGCCAAAGAACAACAUGAGGGCGACCAUCGACUGUGCGGGCAUCCUGAAGCUGAGGAACGCUGACAUCGAGCUGCGCAAAGGCGAGACGGACAUCGGCAGGAAGAACACGCGGGUGAGGCUGGUGUUCCGGGUGCACAUUCCCGAGGCCAGUGGGAGGAUCGUCUCCCUGCAGACCGCGUCAAACCCCAUCGAGUGCUCCCAGCGAUCCGCCCACGAGCUGCCCAUGGUGGAGAGACAAGACAUCGACAGCUGCCUGGUGUACGGGGGCCAGCAGAUGAUCCUCACGGGCCAGAACUUCACGGCCGAGUCCAAGGUCGUGUUCACGGAGAAGACCACAGAUGGGCAGCAGAUCUGGGAGAUGGAGGCCACCGUGGAUAAAGACAAGAGCCAGCCUAACAUGCUUUUUGUUGAGAUCCCCGAGUACCGGAACAAGCACGUCCGCACGUCGGUGAAGGUGAACUUCUACGUCAUCAACGGGAAGAGAAAACGAAGCCAGCCUCAGCACUUUACCUACCACCCAGUCCCAGCCAUCAAGACAGAGCCCACGGAUGAAUAUGACCCCACCUUGAUCUGCAGCCCCGCGCACGGGGGCCUGGGGAGCCAGCCUUACUACCCACAGCACCCCAGGGUGGCCGAGUCCCCCUCCUGCCUCGUGGCCACCAUGGCUCCCUGCCAGCAAUUCCGCUCGGGGCUCUCGUCCCCCGAUGCCCGCUACCAGCAGCAGAACCCAGCGGCUGUCCUGUACCAACGGAGCAAGAGCCUGAGCCCCAGCCUGCUGGGCUACCAGCAGCCAGCCCUCAUGGCCACACCCCUGUCCCUCGAGGCCCACCGCUCCGUGCUGGUGCAUGCUGGCUCCCAGGGCCAAAGCCCGGCCCUGCUGCACUCCUCUCCCGCCAACCAGCAGGCCUCGCCGGUGAUCCACUACUCACCUACCAACCAGCAGCUGCGCUGCGGGAGCCAGCAGGAGUUCCAGCACAUCAUGUACUGCGAGAAUUUCGCACCCGGCACGGCCAGGCCUGGCCCACCCCCCGUCAGUCAAGGUCAGAGGCUGAGCCCGGGGUCCUACCCCACGGUCAUUCAGCAGCAGAAUGCCACAAGCCAAAGAGCCGCCAAAAACGGACCCCCGGUCAGUGACCAAAAGGAAGUAUUACCUGCAGGAGUGACAAUUAAACAGGAACAGAACCUGGAUCAGACCUACUUGGAUGACGAGCUGAUAGACACACCCCUUAGCUGGAUACAAAACAUAUUAUGAAACAGAAUGACUGUGAUCUUUGAUCCGAGAAAUCAAAGUUAAAGUUAACGAAAUCAUCAGGAAGGAGUUUUCAGGCCCUCCCACCAGAAAUCAGACGUAGAAGCCGCCAUUAGCAAGACGCCUUCAGUACCUGUCCCCUCAGAGCCCUCCACACCCCUCCUGUCUUCCUGAGGGUCCCGCCCGCCCGGAGUCCCAGCGGGCAGCGCUCCUCCUGGCAGGCAGCCGACUGGUCCAGGAGCUCGCCACCUCUCUCCUGAAACACAGCGAGGACGCUCUGGCUUUUGCUUUUUUUUUUUUUUUGUCUUAAAUCCCAAAGAGCAUCUCGGUGGACUUUAAUGGUGUCCCGUCCAAACCUGAAGUGCCUGCUGACCAAAACCAAAUUCUGAUCAAGACAGCACGCCGGACCGCACGGCUGGUGGGGGAUGGAAGGCGCGGCCCUGUGGUUAAACCCCCGUCCUCGACUCAUUUUCCCAGCUCCGCACCUUCCGGAGGAGAGGCGUUCCCGAACGGAACAGGCAAAGGAACGUGGCCCGAGCGUCCAGCUCACAGCCUGGAGAAACAGAGGCCAGCCCGCCGUCCUGAGGGCCGCCCGGGUGUGCCACAGCGGGGCCACGGCUAACGCGAAUUCUUAAAUUCUCAUCCGGAAGCAAAACUGCCUGGCCCCGACAAGAUCCUCCGUUAGAACUUCUUGGAGUUAAGUUAUGACAUGUAUGCGUUUUCCCUGCUGUGUAAGGCUGGCCGAGGUGGCUGGAGGUGGCGCCGCCCUGGCCAGCAGCUCCCGCCCUGCAGCGCGCCCCCGACUGGAGAAGGUGACCCGGGCUGCAGAGUGAGCGCCCUGGCUGCAGCCACAACCUAAGGGCUCUGUAACGUCCCGUGCUUUCUUCCUAACAGCCAGAGUGCUUUCCCAUCAAGGCGUUAAGAGAACCCUACGCAUGUGCAUUGCAUUUUCAGAAGGAAUGGCACAGGGCUAAAGGAACUCCCCCCCCCCAAAAAAAAGCACAGGUAUUUUUGUGAAGUGGUUGUGAAAAGAGGCAGUUGGCAGGCCUGAGUGAGUGGGCUCCCCAAAGCAGGGGGAAAGGGCCAAAUUCCCUCUUUCUGGCCUAGACUCCAAGUGGGACCCGCAAGCUCAGGAUCUGGCCCUGAAGGUCAUUGGUUAUUUUGACCUGAACCUAUUGAAAGCCCCGCUCAGCCCCAAAGACCUUUCUGCACAGCUGCCUCCUCCAGCCCAGGACUCAUCUGAGUAGGGCAGGCCCACCCAUGGUGCACCCUUAGGUAUGCGUGGCCCCGCCCCCUCGUUUCUCUCCCCUGAGCACAUCCAGGGUCCUCCAGCACCUCCCUCCUUUGGUGCAAUUUUGCCAACAAAACUCUCAAAGUUCUUAGCAGGUGAGUUUUUAUCAUAAAGAUGUAUUUUGUUUGCAUUUCCUGCAGACACCCCAGGACAUGCCGGGGGUUCGUUCUCAGCCACUCAGUGGCUUCCCUAGUAACCGACAGUGAGUGUAUGCCUGGCUCUGCGAGAGGCUGUGCUCCAGAGAUUUCAGAUCAAGUCCGCUAGGUAGAGGGGAUCACGGCAGGCGGGGGUCCCCUGUGGGUUUUCUCAGUGCUGGCUUUCUCAUCGAGGUUCCCCAGAGGUCACACCUCCCCGGGAGCCGGGCCCGGAGCGCAGGACUUCGUGACUGUGGCCCGUGUGUUUGGUGCCCCAGAGAGAGGACAGAAUGCCCAGGUUGGGCCUUUGCACCCUCCUGUCUAUCACCUUUUGCUCAAGAUAACCUUUGACCCAAGGGCAGAGGCCCAGGCUUCCACCCACCCAAGCACAAAGUUUAGCAAAAAUCCUUUGAAACAGAAUGCCAGUAAGAAGGCGACCGCUGCUGCAAAGCUUCGGGGAUGCAGAAUUCUUCCUAAUAGAGAUCCUUCCACAAGCAGCUCUACCCAAAGACCUUUCUCGCCAGCAACGCUGACUUCACCGGGAAGCGUUUGAGUGUGCGGCGAGUGACGUGCUCUCGUGGACCUGGCCAGGAGCCACUUCUUUUGCACAUGAGGAAAUUUGGCCUUUCCUCGGUUAUCUGAAUGUCUUACCCAAGUGCCUUCCUGCUAUUGUAGCAAAGUCGCGCAGCUUCCCUGAGCAUGGGGAGAAAAAGGACUAAUGCAUUUUCCAUCCAUCUUCUAACCAUGUUAGUGGCAAGGGCCUCCUGUGAGUUCAGACCCCUGUAUGUACACGUGUGUGUGUGUGUAUGUGUGUGUGUGUGUGUGUGUUUUACACACACAAACUCUCUUUUUCUAAGACAUCUUAGCUGGAUAUUAUAGGAAGCAUUUCCACGAAACAACGAUGCCAGACAGCAAAGGAAAGAGAAGCAAGGACAUUCGUUUUGAGACAUAAAUAGGCAAGCAAACAUGCUAUUAGGAGCCGACAGCUACGGAGAAAGUUUUGUCAGUUACAGAUGCCGGAGGAAAUUUUGCCAAGAGUAAUUGCUCACGAACUACUUUCAGGAUGUGAAGAGGCCGCCAUGUCCUCUAAGAGAAGGAGAAAGCAGGGACGUCUACGUGGUGAAGGGGUGUGUGUUGCCCAUGUGUUAGAAGGACCUCGGUGAGGUGGACGUUUGCACUUGCUACCUUCAAGGUCAGUGCGACAGGUAGCACUUCUAGCAGAGACCUACCGUGUUGCUGAAUGUAGUCUGUCUCCAAAGUUUGCCAGUCUUCCCGCGUUGUACAAAAAUACUGCUGCUUGAUAAUAUAUAAUAGCGAUCCAAAUUAAUUAGUAUGUCAUUAAAUUUUAUUUUCUUAUCUGUAUUUUUAUGCUUUUUAUCUGUCCUCAACAUAGUGCACCCCGGUUGGAAUUAGAAGAAUAUUUAUAAAUGGUCAAAAGUCUUUUUCCAGUGUACCUUUUAACACCUAUGUUGAUUUUUGCCCCCUAAGAGAAAUGAUGUAUUCUUGAAAAGGUGUUAAUCAUUCCAGGAAACAAGACAAAACCCCACCUCAGAGCCUGUUAGUCGCCUGUCUCCCAGGCAGAAGCAUCUCUGGAGAAAGGGGGAGUGGCUUUGUGGCAGAAGGAACCACCUGUCUUGCUUGAGACCAGCGCUGCCUGACUCCAGCUCUGAGCCUCGAUCUUGUCACCGAGGGGAACUGCAUUGUAAAGUGUUUAGAUCCCCCAGUAAGUAGAUGGUAUCAAACACCUGCCUGUGUUGUAAGGGGAUUCCGGAAGCACCCGUGUUCACAGAACGCCAAGUGCAGGCUAAUGUUUACAGAGCUGACUGAAUCCCGGUAGAUGACCCCGCACACACACGAUGCAGAGGACACGGCCUCUGAUGACGUGCCUGGCUCCUUCUAAGAGCUGGGAAGCGCUGGGGUGCUUUUCCUGCUGCCGUCACCUCGGCCGAGGUCGAGGCUGCCCCAUUGAGACAGAUCGGAAGCCAAUGUGUUCUGAUUGUCACUCUGGACGAGAGCGAGGCAGAAUUUGUUUAUUUUCAUGUCAAAAGACACUUCCCAAGUGCUUUCUAUAGUUCAAAAUGGAAAACAAGAAGCAGGGGAUGGUGACAUUCUUGGCAAGCAGGGCGAUAGACGUUCCUGAACGUAUAUUCUUGGAAGGGCAGCACUCUAGCAGGCACCCAACACACCUUGACCUGGUGUCUUCCAAGCUUGAGACGUGGGCAUUCAGGCCCACGGAGCCCCACCGACCAACGUGCGUGUUUUCCUGCAUCCCCGCUAAAUACGUAAGCAAAAGGGAAGCUGGGAUGGCAGGCACCCAUCCCCCCAGCUUUCCCGAGUCCCCGAGUUAUAGCCAACAUCACUGUCUUAACUCAGUUUGUUCAAAAGCAAACUUCUCUGGUGCUGGUGAGCUAGAGGUGCUCCCCGAGCAAGUCCCUCCCAAGGCGGAGCCGGGGUGCCGGGUGCUGGGUGCCGGGGGAAAGGUCGAAUUCUGCCUGACGCAGCUGUUGCCCGAGGAGAAUGAACACCUGCCUCUUCAGGGUUUGCAUGAACUGGAUGCAAAUGAUGCUGCUUCCAGGAGAGGAGGUGCUUCCAGCAUUCUGAUUGGCUGCGGGUGGCCGAGCUUAGCAUCCUGAACACAUGGGCAGAACCUCACUUACCCCCGUGGCCUCCGCGGCCCUCCGAGGGGAGGGAGGGCUGAGAAUGUCCGCCUGACUUCCUCGCGAUCCACGUCUCUCCACCCGGUGCUGCUGGCAGGCUUAGGUUUUGAACAUCGACUGUUAAAGGAGUUUGAAUACAUCACAUUCCUAUGCAAGACGUUCUUAAUCUCCAGUUUAAUGUAGUUUAUUUUUGCUAUCUGUAAAGUAUUUUUAUACGGCUUGUAUCAUGAUAGUUUAGCAAUAAAAGAGUUGAAAGCACCAGC